AUGUACGACAACAAGACGUACAAGACGUACGACAACAAGUCGUACAAGAUGUACGACAACAAGACGUACAAGAUGUACGACAACAAGACGUACAAGACGUACGACAACGAGACGUACAAGACGUACGACAACAAGACGUACAAGAUGUACGACAACGAGACGUACAAGACGUACGACAACAAGACGUACAAGAUGUACGAUAACGAGACGUACAAGACGUACGACAACAAGACGUACAAGAUGUACGACAACGAGACGUACAAGACACGUACGACAACAGACGUACAAGAUGUACGACAACGAGGACAAGACGACGACGACAAGACGUACAAGAAGUACGACAACGAGACGUACAAGACGUACGAUAACGAGACGAACAAGAUGUACGAUAACGAGACGAACAAGACGUACGACAACGAGACGUACAAGAAGUACGACAACGAGACGUACAAGACGUACAACAACGAAACGUACAAGACGUACGACAGCAAGACGUACAAGACGUACGACAACGAGACGUACAAGAUGUACGACAACAAACGUACAAGACACGUACGACAACAAGACGUACAAGAUGUACGACAACAGACGAACAAGACGUACGACAACAAGUCGUACAAGAUGUACGACAACAAGACGUACAAGAUGUACGACAACAAGACGUACAAGACGUACGACAACGAGACGUACAAGACGUACGACAACAAGACGUACAAGAUGUACGACAACGAGACGUACAAGACGUACGACAACAAGACGUACAAGACGUACGACAACGAGACGUACAAGAUGUACGACAACGAGACGUACAAGACGUACGACAACGAGACGUACAAGAAGUACGACAACGAGACGUACAAGACGUACGAUAACGAGACGAACAAGACGUACGACAACGAGACGAAUAAGAUGUACGAUAACGAGACGUACAAGACACGAGACAACGACGUACGACAACAAGACGUACAAGACACGUACGACAACAAGACGUACAAGAUGUACGACAACAAGACGUACAAGACGUACAAGAUGUACGACAACGAGACGUACAAGACGUACGAUAACGAGACGUACAAGAUGUACGACAACGAGACGUACAAGAUGUACGACAACGAGACGUACAAGACGUACGACAACGAGACGUACAAGAUGUACGACAACGAGACGUACAAGACGUACGACAACAAGACGUACAAGACGUACGACAACGAGACGUACAAGAUGUACGACAACAAGACGUACAAGACGUACGACAACGAGACGUACAAGACGUACGACAACGAGACGUACAAGAUGUACGACAACAAGACGUACAAGACGUUGUUAUUGGUCGGUUAG